AUGAAGCAAUAUUUGACUUAUUUCAAGAUGAGGCUUAGAACAUCGAGAUUAGGUUAUCUGUUACUUCAGUUCGCGGCGCUUUGCUUUUACGCACAGAACAGUGUGCAGUCCCCCCCUAAUUUUAAGCACCAUGUGACCGAGCAAAGCAGGCUGUCGGACCGGACGAGCCGCAGGCUGACCCGAACAUAUCAGCUGUACAGCCGAACCAGCGGCAAACACGUCCAGGUCCUGGGCAACAAGAGAGUCAAUGCCAAUGGAGACGACGGGGCAGUGCACGCGAAACUGGAGGUGGAGACAGACUCUUUUGGAAGUCGCAUUCGUAUUAAAGGGGCGAAGACGGGAUACUACAUAUGUAUGAACAAGAGGGGGAAGCUGAUCGGCAAGCGGAAAGGACGAGGCAAAGACUGCAUCUUCACCGAGAUCGUUCUGGAAAACAACUACACAGCGCUGCAGAACGCCAAGUACGAGGGCUGGUACAUGGCUUUCACACGCAAGGGCCGUCCGCGGAAAGCCUCCAGGACCAAGCAACACCAGAGGGAGGCCCACUUCAUGAAGCGCCUACCCAGGGGGCACUUGCUGAGUGAGAGAAGACCGUUUGAUGUGCUUCCUCUCCCUGUCCCCGUCCACCCUUUCAACAAGAGGACUAAGCAUUCCCAUCACCAACGCUCAGGGGGCCACUGA